AUGUCAACCUCACUCCUCCCAUCAUUUCGGGGCCUUGCCUCGCGGCUCCUGAGCCGACCGUUCGCCUUCACAUCCACCCUCGCCCUCACUCAGCAAUGUCGGGCUCUUUCGACGACUUCCUCCACGCAGGCGCCCCCAGGCGCCCAGACUAAGGCCGAAAAGAAGGAGAGAGAGAAGAAGAAGAAGGGCAGAGGCGAGCAGCAGCGCGACCCCAAGAUUAUUAACAUGCUGAAGCAUUUCGCGGUGCUGUCCCCGCGCCGCAUUCCUCCCCCAUUGCGCAUGGGUCGCAACAGGUACUUGCGGCACUGGACCAUCCACCGGGCGUGGAUGCUGUGGCUGCGGAAGCAGCGUGAGGAGCGGGAACGCAACUGGAUGCGUCAGUGGCAGAGUAUGUAUGCUGCCUGCGAGGAGUUGCGCUUGACCUCUGGUCCCGGCACCAGGGAGGAGGGCUACCUGUACCGUGUGGCCAUGGAGAAGAAGGGCGUGUAUGGCUUGAAUCCCAUCCCAAUCGAGUACGCUCGGCCGCAAGUCGAGACUCCUCCCAAGCAGGCGUGGAACCAUGAUUGGAAGCGGUAA